CAACUAUAUUGAUGAAAUAAAAAAAACUUUCCCAUCUCUGUCUCUUCUGUUACUUUGGCAGAGUUCAUGGUGAAAGCUUAACAUGGUAUCAAAGCCAAGCGAUUAAGCUCUGCAUUUCUUUUUUCUUUCUUUUUUUAGAAGCAAUGGUAGGAUUUCUCUAGGACAAUUGUAGAUCAACAAUGGUGGAAAUAUGUUAGAGUACGCGUCCUAGUAAUUGCCUAUCCGUGGAACAAGUAAAUAAACGUGGUUCACAGAAGUAAACUGAACACAGUCUUUAAGCGUGGAAAACAUCCGGCUCAAGAAAGUUGAAAAAAACCACGACUUGUACCUCUACAGGAUUUAACCCAACUUCACUAAAAUACUUAACCCUCAACAAUCAACAAAAUUACAAGACUUCUUGUAACCUAGAGAUUUAAACUUCUAACUCCUAUCACUACAAAAACACUAAUCUUCCCAAGAUAAGUGUUUCCAAAUCUUCGAGUUCCCAAAAUUGAAGACAACAACUCCUAACUCAGUUUAUAGAUUACUGAGACUAGAAUCAAUGACUCAUUACAAUACAAGAACCUAACUGCUACACUAUUUAUGACCUGCAAAGUAAGACACUAGGUUCUUCUUCAAGUAUGUGAACUGAUAUGCUGAUUGUUCAUUAAAUUUUCAGUGUGUGCGUGAGUGCUGGAUUUGAGUCACGUUUGUUGUAUUUAAGCCAACCUGUUAUAGAGUCCUUUUUUAUGUUCAAUUCUUUCUUCCAGUAGAACUCUAUCAGUUAGCUCUUUUCCGUUUUGCUGCCGCCUCACCUCUCCUAGAUUUGAUAGAACUCUUUUACUUCAAAUCCUCUUCUUACUGAAGUCCUUGAUCAACUUAACUUCUUCAAGACUUCUGGUCUGAUCUGACUAAACUUCUGAUGUAAUCAAUGUUAUCUAUGCUUGUCUUGAACGCAGAAUCACAUCAUCCAGACUCCUGUGCUAGCUAGACUAUUUCAGCUUGACUAGACCAUCUUCUUCAACACGUUCCAUUCACAUGUCUAUCAUCAAAACUCCUCGUGCCUUAACAAAAUCAAAAUUGACAACACUCAUCCACUGUAUGGUUCCCUUUCAACUCACAGGAGCUGAGAACUGUGGAUUAUGGAGGAGAUCGAUGUUUAUAGCACUUCAAGCAAAGAGGAAGUUAGGGUUUCUCUCGGGUACAUGUACAAGGGAUUCAUUUGAGAAGGGAUUGUAGCAGCAUUGGGAUACGUGCAACACAAUAGACCUCUCAUGGAUCAUGAAAACUGUAUCACCAAGCUUAAUGAGUUGAAUCAUGUAUGUGUCGAAUGCUCACCUGGCUUGGGAGGAUCUGAGAGAACGAUUUGACAAGGUCAAUUGCUUGCGAAUUUUUCAACUACACAGGGAAAGUACAACAACUACUCAAGGUUUGGAUACUGUUUCUGUUUAUUUUACCAAGUUAAAGGAGUUGUGGUCAGAAUUUAAUGCAAUGGCUCCUUUGCCCAAUUGCGGUUGUCCUAAGUCCAAAAAUUAUGUCAAACAUCUUCAGCAACAACGCUUGCUUCAGUUCCUUAUUGCUUUGAAUGAAUCUCACACCCAAUCGAGGAGGCAAAUUCUUAUGCAAUCGACCGAACCCACACUGAAUCAGGCUUAUGCUCUAAUCAUGGAAGAUAAAAGUCAAAAAUCUUUGUACAAUGCAGGAGCACCUUUUGGAGAUGCAAAUGAUAUUUCAGCAAUGUGGAGUGUUGCAGGUCCCCGCCCUCCUCUUUCUUACCAACCAAAUUCCAAGCCUAAAUGCAAUUGGGAUGAGCAAUGCAAUUUUUGCAAAAUGAAAGGACAUAGAGCUGAGAAAUGUUAUCAACUUAUUGGAUAUCCGGGUGACUUUAAAAGAAAAAGGAAGCCUGUGGUGAAUAAUGUGGUUUAUGGUUCUCAACAGCCCCAAUUUUUGGGAUACCAACCUCCUUCAUAUAGGGGAAGUCAACAAUAUACUCAAUCUUCUAUGGAGAUUUUUCCCCACAACAACCAUAUGGAAAGAUUUUGACAAUUCUCUUGCCGGACAAAGUUCUACAGUUGUGACAGCAGGACAUGGUUUAGGUGGACAUCUUCCUAUACCUAGAGUCAGUAAUACUAGUGGUGGUGGUAAUUUUCCUCUUGGUCAGCAUUCGGAGGGUGCUGUAGAGUUUUCUGGAACUGGCCAUGCAGCAGGGCUUCCACCAGCAGGGAUCAUAGUGACUUUUACACCGGAACAGUAUACACAGGUGCAAAAGCUCUUUCAAAGCAACACAUCUGGGCCAUCAACAAUAUUGCAGGUAUUAUUUCUGCUUUUGUGGCUAGUAGAUAUACUGAUGAUUUGAUCAUGGACACAGGCGCAACCAACCACAUGAUGUGUAAUCCUCGAGUGUUAACCACCAUUACUAAGAAGAACACAACAUGGGCUGAUAGUAUUCAUUUACCAAAUGGUAGUACUAUACAAAUUUUGCAUGUUGGUAACUUUAGUUUGGGACAAGAAGAGAUCUCCAAUGUCCUGUGUGUUCCCGACUUUAAAGUGAAUUUACUUUUGGUGUCAGCAUUGACUAGAGAGUUACGAUGCUUCAUGAAGUUCUAUCCUGAUUAUUGCUUAUUGCGGGACCUUCACACUGGGAUGGUGAAGGGGACUGGUAUAGUGGUGAAUGGAUUAUACUAUUGGGAUCAAGAUCCAUGGCAACAAAUGAAGUACUCAGUAGCUCUUAGCACAGUUGAUAUGAAUGAUCUUUGGCAUCAAAGGCUAGGUCACAUACCUCAUAAAGUGCUACAACAGAUGCAUGUAAUAAAUCACAAUAGUAUGAGUAAUAUCAAACUAUGUCCGUUUUCUCCAUUAGCUAAACAAACCCGACUUCCAUUUCCUCAAAGCACCACCAGAGCAAGUAAGGUGUUUGAUCUGGUUCAUGGAGAUGUAUAGGGGCAUUAUAAGGUACCUAUCCAUGAUGGAAAUAGAUUUUUUCUUACACUCGUAUAUGAUUGUAGUUGGUUGGUCUGGACCUUCUUGCUGAAAUUUAAGAGUGAUGUUCCUGUUAUCUUAGAGAAUUUUAUGCAAUUAGUUCAUACUCAAUUUGAUAGUACUGUUAAGGUGUUUCAAAGUGACAAUGGGUCAGAAUUUUUCAAUUCUUUUUGCAAAGAUUUAUUUACAACAUCAGGUAUUAUCCAUCAGAGUUCUUGUGCUUACAUACCCCAACAAAAUGUGGUGGUGGAAAGGAAGCACCGACAACUCUUGGAAGUGGACAGGGCCAUCAGGUUCCAAGCAGCUAUUCCCUUGAAGUUCUGGGGUUUGUGUGUCCAAUAUGCUGCAUAUUUGAUUAACAGGAUCCCAUCUACAGCUUUACUGGGCAAAUCUCCAUUUGAAGUUUUUCAUGGGAGAAAGCCUAAUCUACAGCAUCUCAAGGUGCUAGGGAGUUUGUGUUAUUUUACUAAUGUGGUGCACAAGAAUGAUAAGUUUGGUGCUCGAGCUGUGGAGGUUUACAUAGGAUAUUCCACCACACAAAAGGGUUAUAAACUGUAUGAUAUUGCUAAUGAAACUUUCUUUGUCAGCUGAGAUGUCACUUUCAGGGAAGAAGUGUUUCCCUUCAAGUACAACCAUCCGGAUUCAAGACCUCAAUCAUUCCAACCUAUAGAUGACUCUACAAUCCCAGAUGUUGGCAUGACUCCUACUCUAGUAGAUACAUGUGAUAUUUGUGUUCCUAAAGCUAUAACAGGGGGAGUUGAUUCUCCUCAGCAGGUUUCCACAUUUAGACAGUCUGCCAGGCAAUCCAAGCCUCCAGCGUGGUUACAUAACUUUGUCCAUAGCUCUUCCAAAGUUGUUUCUUCCAGUUUUGCUUACCCGAUAUCCAACUAUAUGUCUUAUUCUGCUUUAUCAGACUCAUAUUACCAGACUUUAUGCAAUUUUUCUGCUGUCAAGGAACCUGAUUCUUAUGAAGAAGCUUUACAUCAUCCUGAAUGGGUAGAGGCCAUGAAUCAGGAGCUACAAGCACUUAAUGGCAAUCAAACUUGGGAUUUAGUCCCACUCCCCCCUGACAAGAGGGCUAUUGGUUGCAAGUGGGUAUUUAAAACCAAGUUUAAUGCUCAAGGCUUGGUUGAUAGAUACAAGGCAAGGUUGGUGAAGGGUUACACCCAAUAGGAGGGACUUGACUACCAGGAGACCUUUUCUCCUGUAGUCAAGAUGGUAACCAUAAGGGCUGUUCUAUCUAUUGCAGCUAUGAAAACCUGGAAGUUGCACCAAAUGGAUGCCUUCAAUGCUUUCCUCCAAGGGGACUUAGUCGAAGAUGUUUACAUGUCUCCACCCCCUGGUCUUUUCACCAAGGGGAAGCAUUCCUUAGUCUGUAAACUCAAAAAAUCUCUUUAUGGCUUGAAGCAAGCCUCAAGACAAUGGAAUUUAAAGAUUUGUGAGGCUCUUAUUUCUUCCAGUUUUGUUCAAAGUCAUCAUGACUAUUCUCUGUUUGUUAAGAAGUCUGGUAAUGAUUUGGUUCUAAUUUUGGUUUAUGUUGAUGACCUCCUUAUUACUGGUUCUUCUUCUUCUCUUAUUGAAGAAGCUAAGUGUAUGCUUCAACUCCAUUUCAAUAUCAAGGUCUUGGGGGAGAUGAAGUACUUCCUUGGUCUUGCAAUUGCUAGAAGCAAGCAAGGGAUCUUGGUUUGUCAGAUGAAAUUUGAACUAGACCUGAUUGCUGAUGUGGGACUUGCUGAUUCAAAACCUUCCGGUCACCUUUGGAAUAGAAUCGGAGGUUAACUAGUAUAGAAUUUGAUCAUGGUAGUAAGAUUACUUCUCGGGAUGAAUUACUUACAGAUCCCAGAAGUUAUCAGAAGCUAGUUGGGAAGUCAUUAUAUUUGACAAUGACCAGACCUGAUAUCAGCUUUGCUGUUCAAAAUUUAAGUCAAUUCAUGCAUAAUCCAAAGAAGUCACACAUGGAAGCAGCCUUAAGGGUGGUCAGUUUUCAAGUCUUAAUUGCAUUUGGAAGCAGCAGAAUAGAUAUGGCCUCUCUUAUAAGAACAAUGGAACUGCUAUUGACAUCCGAUUCGCCAAUGCUGUCAGUAACUUAUGCUGUUGAUGUGUUUGUCUUUGAAGCAUUACGGUCUCAACACCAUAGCCAGUGUAAUCUAACAAGCUGCGCAUUGAGGUCUUUGCAAAAGGAUUUACUAUAAUGUAUGAACAGACUAAAAUUUAUAUUGGAAGGAAGUGAUUCUUGCACAAAGAAUGGUAUUGUAGUCAUACAACUCAUAAUUAAUGUUAAGGAGUUUAUGAAACAAUAUUGUUACAUGUACAUUUAUUUUCAAGAUUCAAUGUUAUAAAACUUUUAUAAG